GUCUUUCAGUUAGGAAGGAGUGAUACCAUUUGAUUAAGCAAGGGUUCACAUCCAUCUGUUUGAGCUUUUUUAACAUAAUUUGGGGAAGAAUAGUAUUAAAAGCUGAGCUGACCCUGAGCCCAGCCAAGCCUACCCAUCUCUCCAACUAAAUUAAACAAACAUUUACUCCCUAAUCAUAAUGCAAUGGCGCCCUCUGGUGUCAACAUGGUGACAAAACACAUGCUUUCCUAAUUGUGCAGGUUUCCUUCUUUCAUUUCCUCAAUUUGGUAUCAAUAUCCUAACCUUCUCCCCUCUAUCCAUACACCCACAGAUAAAUCAUGUGUUAUUCCUCUUUUAAUGAUUAGACAUCAUCAUCCUCCAAUCCUGUGUCUACUGCCCAAUUGACAGACCUUUAAACAACCAGGGUAAUGAUAACAUGCACAUUUCAGUAUAGCCUAAUUAUUCACUGAAAGUACUUUAUUCAACUAAUUGAUGUUUAAACCUACUUUCUUGGUUGGUAGCGCUCUCAAUUGCCUUUGGCCUAUAUGGGAAAUAAGUGGACAACAAUAUUCCAUUAAAUAAUCUUCUUUAAAUAAACACCAACUUGACCAUCUGCACAGAUUACUGUGACUCUGUUACAAUUAUACCCAUCCCCUAAAAACAAUGAAAGGUAGGACAUUUGGGAUCUUAGGCGAAAGGUACAUGAAAUAGCAACUUAAAGGUUACACAAAUAACAUAGUAAAUAUAUAUAAAACAAUAGUAAAAGUAAUUUGAAUGAUAAUGGAAUAAAUAUAGUGUUGAAUAAUAAUAAAACGUUAUUCUGUAAAUCCAAUUCCUCCUAAAAUAUAAUAUUACAAGUCUUAACACAGUAUCCUAUAACAACCUACAAUAAUAUGCUAAACUUUAUUAAUCAAAAUAAAAAAUCUAAUGAGGGCCUAUAAAGUGAGGUAACAAAAGCAAUUCAACAACCAAACAAAACGUUUUCACCAUGUAUAUCUCCGUAUAUUCGUGUAUAGACUAUAUGUUGGUAUACAUGUCUAUGCAUUUUUCCUGAUUCCUUGUUCCAUAUGUAUACGGCUCUGGUUUGUUCUGUCUGUAGCCAACUCGGUUACUCAGUGAAUAUUAUUAUGUAAAUGUAUUAUGUAUUAUGUAAAUAAGAGCAUAAUUUAAUAUGACAGAAAUGAUUAAUUUAUGUACGUUUUUAAGAUGAUAAGCCCCAUGGAAUAAAAACAACACUGGACUCAGAACAUAACGUCCUUGGCAGAGAUGAACACUGUAUUAUUUAAGAAAACCCUCUUACGAAUUGAAACAGUGUAUGGCAGCGAUAAACUAGAUGACCACAAGGUGUCUCUGUUUGGCAGCACCUCGGGCCUUUAUAGAGCAGGUACUUUCACGCACACUUACCUCUCUGCAUGAGUAACUAUGCAAAUGUUAGCCCCGGAAAUACUGGAAACUGCUACGACUGUUGAAUAAAUUAACGUCAGCCAAACUUUGUUCCCUAUUUGUACGAUUUCCUGACUUAAAACGAUCACAUGGCCUACCUGCGAGCUGCAGCUGCACUGACUCAAAAUGUGGGAUGUGACAAACACUAAGGAACCAAUCAAAUAGCGUUGAGCCGGCGCUGAGUUUAUCUAUUGGACUAAACUCCUGUCAAUCACCACAAACGAGCCCUUCUGUGAAGCAGCGGUGAGCACUGGCUGGCUGCAGUACAGAGAUGUGUGAAGAAAUAUUUCCCAUACCACUAAAUCGGUGUCUGGACAGGCCAGGUGAUGAAUAGCCAGAGAGUGGCUGACCACUUACUCACAGUGCUCCAGUGAUCAUAACAUGGCACCCAUCAUGGAGGGCACACACACUGUGUUGCUGCUUUAUGCACCCAUCCGUGAACUAAGCAACAUCAGUCUGUAUUUUCCCAAGAGGCUGGCCCCUAGCUUCAAGUACAAGAGCCGCGCCUCUCAUUCAGGAAGGGCCUGUAAUGACCAUGACCGGGCUAAGGAGGAUCUUGCAGUGUCCGAACAAAGAGGCCAGUCUUUCAGCUCCUCAGGCGAACUCCUCAUCUGCCAGCAGGCUACAAAGGAGGCGGUUGCAGAGCUCUGCUGGCUGGCGGCAGAGCACCAUCAGUUGCUGGCAGAUCUCUUAUCGCUGUGUAGGGAUUGUGCCGUCAAAGUCAGAAUGGGUAACCAGGAUGGGAAACUCCAGGAUUACAUGGAAGGUCAGGAAGUAAACCUCGGCAACAGCAACUACUCUCUGACCGUGUCUCCAGAGCACAAGAGAGCCACAUCCAAGAGCAAAAAGAUGAAGAAGUUGGGAGGCAAGAAGCUUGACCCCACAGAGGGUUUCCAACACCACAAUAAGAUGAAGAAGAAAGUUUCAAGUGGAAGUUUAUCCAAACAGCUUGGUGCUUGCAAAAGUGGGUCCAUAUCUUCAACCUCAGUGAUGCAGCAGAUCCCAGGUACCCCGACCUCGAGCCAUGUCACUGACAGCCCAGUCACCGGCUCUUAUGUCAGUGCGGUGAGUAACCCCAUCCUGCCCAUGGAGGAACCCUUCCAGAUUGCUCGUGAGGUUUGGGACUUUAUGGAAGACAACCGGACAUAUGACCCCGACAUUGAUUUCUGCAAUGACUUCUCAGAGUAUGACGGUGAGCUGGGUUAUGAGUCGUCCUUCUGCAGCCUGAUGGAGGGUCUGACCCGGCGGGAAAGCGGCAGCAACCUCAGACCAAUAAGAGGGUCUGAUUCCUCGGGUGAGCCAUUAUCUGAGAAUUCCCUGACAGUCAAGUUCCCUCAGCAGCUGUAUGGUGAAAGCAACCAGAGUAACGCUGGGCCGAGGGUUGUCACCAAAGUGCAGGAUGUGGAAGGGAGAGUGCAACAUAUCGACCAUUCAAACCCAGGUCCGGGAACUAGCAGCUGCCAGCAGGGGUUUGGAGAGUGGAAGGGACCAAACGGGGACCACCUCCUGGGUCUCAAUAGAGAAAAUAUGGGCUACAAGCUUUCUGAGGGUCUACGGUUGCCCCUUUUCCAUACCACUGAACCUCACCCACCAGCCAGAUACCACAAAAAAAGCCCCUCUUCACCAUCUCUCGCUGGGGUCUUCAACAUGUCUUUUCCCGCCUCCAACAGUCUUCACAGCAUGUCCCCAGUCCUGUCCCCUCUGUCCUCCAAGCAGGCAAGCCCACAGCUGAACCACCGCAUUGUUAUGCUCUCAGAUAAAGAUGAGGACCAUGAACGAGCCAGCUCCAGCAACACAGAUGAGUCCAAAUUCUUCACAGAGUCCAUUGACAAGAACGGCAACAAUCGAACCUUUACCCGACUGGAUCUGAACCUCACGCGGCGGCCUAGCAACUCCAGGUGGACUUCCUCCAGCAAUUCCACAACGACAACAACAGUUUGACACAGCCUCCUCUAAACUUCCUCUCACCCCUGGAUGAGUGAUUCCCAUCUGACGGAGUGAGAGGGGGAUUAAUGACCACCGACGACACCCACCUGUCAGGAUCAGAUGGCCUCUGAUCCGAGGGAAGGACAGAUACUUUAUUGUUCAAC